AUAAGAAUUGACAUUAGAAGGCCGAUACGGUUGAAGAAGUUAAGCGAACAGGAAAUAUUUGCCGAAUUACCGAAAGCAUUCGAAAUACUGCCUGGAUAUGAGUAUUAUGUUGCAUAUAUGACCUCAUUUCCGGGUUGUAGAGUUUACGUUUCAUCGACUGAACCAAACAGUGUCUCAUCGUGGUCGUUUGCACGUGGUGACGCAAUCUUGUCGGUCGAAAGUGCGCCUGUAACUGCGGUUAACGAAACACGUCAAAGGAUUCUUAGUGCUCUCAAGUCUAAAAAAUUCGUCAAAACCAUUAUCGAAAAGCCAUCAACGUUGACUGCAUUUCGUUUGACUAAUUAUGCGUUACAAUACGAUAAACAGACUGAAAUCGAUCCGAAAAUGGCUGAAGAUGUUAUUGAAAUUUGCAAAAAAGAACUUGUUUUUUGGCGACGAAAUCAAAGGCCAACUCCAGAAAUGAGUAUUCUAAAAAAUGCACGAUUGAACUCCCAACAACCACAACAGCAACAACAACGACAAAUGACCAUCACCCAACAACAAGAAUCUUCGUCAUUACGGUAUCAGUCAAACGUAUUUAUGAUUUUCGUUAAUGCUGAAACAAUGCAAAGGAAACGCAUUGUGGCCAGCAACGUUGCAAGCGUUGUAUAG